UGGUGUUAAUGUACAUAAAUUAUCUUAUUAUAUUAAAUGUUAAUAUAUUGGACACUAUCGAAGUUUGUAAGCCAUAUUUACGGUCAUACUUCACAGAGACACAAGGAUAAAAGAAUGGCAUUUAGGGGCUUGCAUGUGUUUCUUGUUCAAGUUUUCGGGAUCUUCCUGGCAAUAUACUCUAACUCUGCUGCUGAAACUGUGCGUAGACUCGAGAAACCGUUAUUACAAACAAUUGCCAUGACAACCUAUCCACUUAACGACAGUAGCUCCACCUACACGGGCUACUUCCGUGCUCCUGCUGAUACAGAGAUAAAGAACUACAGGGGAACUGUGGACGUCAUCACCCAAGGUGAAAAUAAUAUGUUUGAAGCAGUUUUCACAAACAGGAAGUACAAAUACGACCAGUGGAUAACUUUGAAGUCAACAUCCACACGAGAAACCGUCAACCUAAUCUCCAAUGACAACUACGACAUGCGUGCGCAAACAGUUUUCGUUGAAAACAGUUGCGAAGUCGGUGUGGAAAAGUAUGAGAGGGGUAAUAUCACAGAAUAUGUUGCCACGGUCCGAAAUUGUGCGGAUCAGGACAAACUAUCAACUUACUUUAGUUGUCUAUUAGUCGACCAAUCAGGUGGCUCUAUUCAAUGGGGGUCACGUGAUUUAAACUAUCCUGGAAACCCAGCCAUUCGCGAGUAUUUUAAGUACGUCGACACCUACUAUACGAGGAGCGAAAAGGGCGUGUACUAUGCCGUUUUGAAUUAUCCUGCAAUGAAGGCAGAUAACAUCACCUUAGAGAGAUUCGGUUUCGUCUUGUAUGUGAUAGAGCCCAAUUAUUCAGCUAUAGCUGCCAGUCACUAUUGGUUUUAUGAUAUAUAAAUACACAGUGGUUUUUUGUUCAUUUUUUCAAUAAAAAUGAACAUUCAUUUCUAUAAUUCUUACGAUAUGUUAAUAUCUAAAUACGUAAAGGUUACUGUUUGUUUGGUAAAAAGGAAGUGUUUUAUUUCAAUAUAAUUCGAAAUAGUAUUUUGAUACCUUACUACAUGAUUUGUCUUUGGUAAAAAUGAGCAUUUUUUUCAAAAUAAUUCAAGAAUAAAUCUUUACCAUCAUAAGCAUACUUUGUCAUUAUUUGAGAAAUGUAUCAGCUACUUCUAAAAACCAAUUCACACAAUUAGUUCAUUAAUGAGAGUAUUUACGUUUUACAAAUAUUAAUAAAAGAAGCAGUAUAAA